AUGCCGGGACCUUCAGUAGGUGUCUUCUCCACGCGGAACCCAGGAAGCGUUGCGUUAACUAUCCUCGGGGGCGACAAAUAUCGAGUACUGAAGGUGUCCACGCCACUGCCAACGUUUCCUACAGCAAGCGAUCGCGAGCUAAAGAUUUAUGAGCACCUUUCGAAAGUCAAUUGUACGCACCAAGGCCAGUCGCUGAUUCGCGAGCUGUAUGAUUUAUUAGAUCUUCAAGGGCCGGUCGGCAAGCACCGCUGCCUGGUGAUGCAGCCAAUGCAUAUGCCGCUUCUUGAAAUGACGAGCCUGAAUCUGCGACCGUUUGACAUCCCUCUGCUUAAAAUGACUGCUAAACGACUUCUGUUGACCCUUGACUUCUUGCAUACAGAAGCUGAGAUAAUUCACACUGAUUUGAAGACCGACAAUCUAAUGCUUACUCUGGAGGACGAAACCAUGCUACUGGAUUGUGCGAAAGCGGAGGCUGAGGAUCCUAGUCCUCGGAAGAACAUUGACGAUUCUCGUACCAUAUACAAGAGCCGAAAAUUUCGCCGACCUACCGGAGGCAAACGCUAUGGCCUUCCUGUGCUGUGCGACUUUGGCGAGGCGCGAAUUGGCAAACGACAGGAUCCGGCCCGUUCAUUCAACCGCACAUUUAUAGAGCCCCUGAGGUUAUAUUUGAAAUGCCGUGGGGCGGUGCUGUGGACAUCUGGAACCUGGCUGGUCUGUGAGACAACAGAGCAGUGUUUUGACCCUAGCGGCGCAUGGAUUGCACAUGAAGAUGCAGCCUUACCAUUGGUUUCUCUGGAGAGUCUGGAGAAGCGACUUUCUGGACAAGAGAAAGAAUUGUAUCUCCAGUCCAUGAGCCCAAUGCUCAAGUGGCUGCCAGAGGAACGCUGGACGGCACGACAGCUGCUUGAGCAUCCAUGGCUGCUCGAGUAA